AUGAGGAACUUCCUCGGCAAGCACAGUAAUCGGUCAUCGCAGGCGCUGAAUGAUCCGCGAACACCGUCCAAAACGCCCGCGAAUACAACGACGAACAACAAUUCGACUCCGACGAGCGGCAGUGCUGCGACACCUCAAGCGACAGGCCACCAGCGUCAAACAAGCCACCAACCCCAACCCCAAACCCAGCUUCAGCAGCAGCAGCAGCAGCAGCAGCAGCAACAACAACAACAACAGCACCAGCAUCAGCAGCUCCCGCAGGAUCAACACUAUCAAGUUCAACAGCACCAGCACCUCCUUGACGAGGCAGACUCAGCCUCCCACGGCGCCCACUUUGGCCAGUCCCAGUCCCAGUCACAGUCGCACUCGCACAAUAGUGCCGGUGCCGGUGCCGGUGCCAGUGCCAGUGCCAACAAUCCUUCUAGCAUAAACCCCCAUUCAGCCUUGUCCUCGUCCCAUAACGCCGCAUAUAGUUCGAGCGAGUCCUUUGAUUCACAGCAGCAGCAUCCUCCGCCUCCGGCCCAGUUCUUGCAAAAGCAGCAACCGCCGCUGCAUCUCCAACACCCUCAGCAGCAACCUCAAGGUUCUCUGCCGCUGCUGCCCUCCCCCUCCUCCGCUUCCGCUUCCACUGGUGCCCCUCCCCCACCUCAUCUCUACAACUCGCCCUCGGCCGCUAGCAGUACGACCGGUGCUCAUGUUAAUAACAAUCCACCUUCUUUACAGCAGCAGCAGCAGCAGAGCUCGAACCUUUCGAACCAGGCGUUUGACCCUCAUCAACCUCACAGCGAAUUUAAUGACUCUGGUUUAGGCCGGUCGCAAAGUAUCCGCUAUAACGCUCCCGCACCUUACAACGUCCAGACCUCGUCCGUUGACGAUCUGAACCGUUACGGUCAAAUUCCACCGCAGCAGCAGCAACAACAACAACAACAACAACAACAACAACAAGUGCAGGGACAAGCUCAAGUGCCAGCUCAAGCUCAAACCGCUCCUGCUGAGAAGCGCUCGACUCGAAAAUUAAUUAAGGGCAUAUUUUCUGGGUCCAACCGUGGGGCGUCUGACGGCCAGCACCACCACGGCAUAAGCAUCGGCCACAGUAACAACCAAUCCUACGAUAACACUGGCGGCCUUGCACGUCGGCCUUCCAAGCGGCACUCGACCGUAGCCAAGGCCAAGCAGCCACAGCCACAGCCGUCUGGCCAGGUCCAGAACCUUAACCAAUCCCCUUUUUUGUCUUCAGCCCAAGCCCAAGCUCAAGCACAAACCAAAGCCCAAGCCUCAAUAGUUAAAUCUGGUUACCAUUGGCGCCAACCGCCUUCGCCGCCAUUCCCACUCCCAUUGCCAGCUGAAGCUGAAGCUGAGCUCCUUCAGCAGGUCCAACUACCCGAAAGCCCACGCGCCCCUUUACCCCAGCUUUCAUCUCGCCCAGGUCUCGACGAUAUCAAUGAACACUAUAUCGCACAUCAAUCUAACCAGCCACCAACCUUACAGACUUCACGUAUUUCGCUCCACAACACUAUUCGCCAAGUUUCCGGUGAAGCAGACCAACAGCAGCAGCAGCAACCUUACGACGACGCCGCCUAUCACCAGAACCAGGCCCCGCUUCAGCAGCAACAGCAACCGCCGCCGCAACCCCACGUUCAGUUACACACAGAGGAUCAACAGCCGCAACCCGGUUACGAAACAAACGCCUACGACCAGCAACAAUCGCCUCUUAACCCAUCGCAGCAUUCACCGUCGCAGCCUCAUCAGUUCCCAAACACUCAACAGCAAACCAACUAUCACCAAGGUGGUAACCAAGGUGGGGAUUUGAGAUCAGUUCCUGCGCACCUGGUCCCCAGCGCACAGUUUCAGAACCCCGAAACAGUCUCGCAGUUCUCGCAUGAAUCGCCUAUCGCCGACUCGGACCAGCGUUCAGCCCACUUGCAGUCAGCCUCCAACUCGCCUGCUGUAAACCACUCCCUCUACGUACAGACUCAAGGCUCAACACCGAGUCUACCUCCUGCUCAACAGAUAAUCUCACAGCCACAGCAACCGGGUAUGGCACCACCUACCGGAGGACCUCCGGCCUCGCGCCGUCCGGACACCGACAAACUGCGUGGACAGGCCGAUGUCCCCGGCGGCCCACCCCCCACUUACCGUCCCGCCAAUUCUAUGAACAACAUGAACCCGCUACCUCCCGUCCCGCCUCAGGUGGCCGGCCAGCCACAAGCCUACCGAGGUGACCGCCCACCUCCGUUUGAGGGCCAGGGGGCUGAUCAGGGACGAGACAGCCCCCAGCCGGCAUCUGCAGUUCCUGCCGACUCUGGCGAGAACGACAAGUCAUUCAAGGAUCUAUUGACCAAGUAUAAGAACGUCAAGCGCCUCUAUUUUGACGGUAAGGGGCAGAUCGAGGUGCUCAACGGUCAAAUCGUGCACCUCCAGAACGCUGUUGCCAACCAGCGCAUGUCGCAGUCGCGCACUGCCCUCGACGAUAGUGAAUACUCUACGCGAUUCAACCGACUUAAUGGUGCUAUUAACAAUCUUUCUUUCAACAUUCGAAAAGACUGGCGGUGUGUGCCUCAGUGGCUUGACAAGUAUGUUAGCGCAGAAGCACUCAAGACCGGAAAGGCUGAGAUGACGGCCGUUGGACGAGCUGUCAUCUCGCGAUGGUUGAUGGAGGAGGUGUUCAACAAGUGCUUUCACCCUGGACUAGAUGCACAGCUGAGCCAGUCCCUCAAAGAGAUCGAGCUUGGUAUCCGAAACAACUCGUAUACUUUGACCAGCCAGGAAGAGUUUGACGCGUUAACGAGCAAGAUCGUGAGUUGGCGAAUGACAUCCUUAGAUGGUCUGCACCGCCAACUCAACUCACCAGCAGCAAAUGAUAACCGCGACACAUUUAUUGCAAAGACAACUUCCAAUCUGACGGCCUGCCUCUACCAGUUCCUCAACACUCCUCCCCCACCCGGCGUGGAGGGUAGCACAUCAAUGAUAGUGGAGCUUGCGGUGGGCAUUGCAGCCAAUCUUCCAUUGGAGAGUCGUGACGUUGCGAUUUCUUACCCGCUACCCGGCGAAGUGGUUCAGCCUCAUGUGAUGGAAGUCGAGAAGGCGGCGCUGCCCGAGUUGGAAGCUCAGAAGGGACAGGUUGACGGUGACAGCAAGGAUGGUGAUGAUGAAAAGAGCGGCAAAGUUAAGACUGGUACGUUGAAUAAAGUAAACCCGCCCGAGGGCGGGGAGGGUAGCGACGCUUCAAAGAGCACAAGGACGGAUGCUGACAAGGACACUGUUGUAGCGGCCCUGCCGAAGGAUUCCAACAGGGUACGAUUUGCAGGAUUUAUGGCAUUGGAAGUGCGAGGAAGACAAGUGUUGAUGAAGGCACCUAUCUGGACUCUGUGA